AUGUCUGCAAUUAUAUCAGCUGUAUUUAAAGCCACCAUCGGCUUGAUUGUGGAUAAAGGAAGAGAUGUAGCAGCGGAGAGGAUGAAAGAAGGUGACGUGACUGAUCAGAAAUUUCGCAGCCUGAUCGUGCGUGAUUUGAAAGAGAUCCACAACAAAUUGGAUGCAUUAUCACAAAAAGAUCUUAAGGCAGCUGUAGACUUCUUUGAAACAGGACUCAGAUGUCUUUAUAAGGCAGUCGAUACAAUGGGCAGUGCUAAUGUUAGUUUGGGAGCAGCGAAGAUAUCUGAAAGAAAUGAAGAAGAGGACUUAAAACAAAUAACUUUGCCCUCAGACACUGACCCUGAAAAGACAAUAGUCCUCGCAGAUGGAAUAAGAAGCAUGCAACUGACUGAGUUGGAUGAAACAACGAAAAGCCUGCUUUCUGAUGCACAAGAGAAAUUCAGAUUAGCUGUGGAAAACGCGACACACGCUUGCAACAAUGAAGCCCUCAGCACCUUUGACCGAAUCACAGCCAUUCGAUAUCGUGUUAUGGCGGCAAUGUUAAAGUCAGCAGCUGAGACAGUGAGAACCACUGGCGACUUGACAAGUACUUUGCAGAAAGCAUUACCAGAGUGCGAACAGUGCCUGAAGAAACUCAAUUCGUUACCAACUGUUCAGAACAGCUUUAAAUCCGAGCUUAGUAAAGGUCUCCUGAACAUCAGAAGUCGAUUUGGUAAAGAUGAACGGAUGCAGAUAAUUUCCAUUGUAUGUCAGGUAAAUCGCACCAUCUACGAUGCCAUGCGAACGGUUGGUAAAGACGUACAUGUCUUUGUGUGGCCAUAUGUUGACAUCGGAGAAGAUCAAGUUGACCCUCUGCGCGAUGUAAGAGUGUUACAAGUGUUGGAGAAAUCAGGGAAAGUUGUUAUGGAGCACUACUGCAUUACACCGGGGUGGUCGUUUGAUGUGAGAGGAGGUGUUGAUGAGAUUACCGACUUAGCUACGAACACCAUGGGACAGUUUCUAUGUACCUCAAAAGAUGAAAGGACCGUGCAUGUUUAUGAUAACAAUGGUACGUUUCUGUUUAGUAUUAAUCCCCAAACUGAUGAUGCUAAAACAGAGAUUCAUUUGGUUCAUCUCGUUACUGAAGACGUUAGCGAGAAGAUCUUUUUACUGAUCGCACUGCUCAGUGAAGAACAAUGGGGGUAUGAAGUGCAGGUUUUCAACAGAACCGCUGACCUACAGUACAAGUUUCCUGUGAGAGACGGGAGGAGACUGAUAGUUAGCGGCAGCAAACUAGUAACAUUGGGAUCAAGGGAGGCUCAUGUGUACAAUCAGAAUGGUGAGUUUGAGCGUAGUUUUGAGUUUUUCAAGAGUGGAGGCGACAAGGAGUUAUUUGAAUGCACUGCUACUUACGACGGUCGCAUCUUGAUAAUGCACUAUAAAGGAGACUUCAGCGAUUACCACUGUGUUCAUGUAUUCACAAUGGAGGGACAGGAGAUUGCAAAAUUCAAAUCUGGCGUCGGACUAGGUUUUCGAUUUAUGUUAUUUUCAGCUCGUUCUGCAGGUGAACAUGUUGUCAUCGCUGGUUACAAUUUUAAGGAUGAGAUCAUAACAGUGGAGUUAUACACUGUGGAAGGAAAACUUGUGCGAAGAAUUCUGCUUUAUAAAAGUGGAGUCCAUCGGUCCGGGAUUCGAGGAAUUACAGUGACCAUGGAGGGACACAUUGCUGUG